CUCCGGGACGCCUACCGGCAUCGCCAGCGCGGCGCAGUGGCGGCUCCCUUGGCUCCAGCCCCGGAUCCUGUGUGGGCGACUUGAGGCGGAGAAAGGGCGCGGACUUGAAAGGGGUGAGUCAGGAACUGUUUGCGCGGUAAAGGGAGGUGGCACCGCGGCGUAGCGCUGAAGUAAGUGAGGGCGGGAGGUGCCCUAGUCUGUUCUGGGACGCCGCUAUCUUAGCGUCAGAAAGGGAAGGCUGAGGAGGAGCCAGAGCCGGGUGCCUGCAGCCGUUCUCUGCCGCCGCCAUCUCCACCAUGCAGUCCCGGGAAGACGCCCCGCGCUCUCGCCGCCUCGCCAGUCCCCGCGGUGGCAGGCGGCCCAAAAGGAUUUCCAAGCCCUCGGUUUCGGCCUUUUUCACGGGCCCAGAGGAAUUAAAGGACACGGCCCAUUCUGCAGCCCUGCUGGCACAGCUCAAGUCCUUCUACGACGCUCGGCUGCUGUGUGAUGUGACCAUCGAGGUGGUGACGCCCGGGAGCGGGCCUGGCACGGGUCGCCUUUUUUCCUGCAACCGCAACGUACUGGCUGCGGCGUGUCCCUACUUCAAGAGCAUGUUCACGGGCGGCAUGUACGAGAGCCAGCAGACCAGCGUGACCAUACACGAUGUGGACGCGGAGUCCUUCGAGGUGUUGGUCGACUACUGCUACACGGGUCGUGUGUCCCUGAGUGAGGCCAACGUGCAGCGCCUGUACGCAGCCUCAGACAUGCUCCAGCUGGAGUACGUGCGGGAGGCCUGUGCCUCCUUCUUAGCCCGCCGUCUUGACCUGACCAACUGCACCGCCAUUCUCAAGUUUGCCGACGCCUUUGACCAUCACAAGCUCCGAUCUCAGGCUCAGUCUUUUAUAGCUCACAACUUCAAGCACCUAAGCCGGAUGGGUUCAGUUCGGGAGGAGACUCUAGCAGAUCUGACUCUGGCCCAGCUGCUGGCUGUCCUUCGCCUGGAUAGUCUGGACAUAGAGAGUGAGCGGACCGUGUGCCACGUGGCCAUGCAGUGGCUAGAGGCUGCUCCCAAAGAGCGGGGUCCCAGUGCUGCAGAAGUCUUCAAGUGUGUCCGCUGGAUGCAUUUCACUGAAGAAGAUCAGGACUACCUGGAAGGGCUACUGACCAAACCUAUUGUGAAAAAGUACUGCCAGGACAUUAUUGAAGGAGCCCUGCAGAUGCGCUAUGGUGAUUUGUUGUAUAAGUCUCUGGUGCCAAAGCCGAACAGCAGCAGCAGCAGCUCUGUUGUAUCUGCAGCAGAAAAUCCACCCCAGAGGCUGGGAAUGUGUGCCAAGGAGAUGGUGGUCUUCUUUGGACAUCCCAGAGAUCCCUUUCUCUGCUAUGACCCAUACUCAGGGGAUAUUUACACAAUGCCAUCACCUUUGACCAGCUUGGCUCACACUAAAACUGUCACCUCCUCAGCUGUCUGUAUCUCUCCAGACCAUGACAUCUAUCUUGCUGCCCAGCCCAGGAAAGACCUCUGGGUGUAUAAACCAGCCCAGAAUAGUUGGCAGCAACUUGCAGACCGCUUGCUGUGUCGUGAGGGCAUGGAUGUGGCAUACCUCAAUGGCUACAUUUACAUUUUGGGUGGGCGAGACCCUAUUACUGGAGUUAAACUGAAGGAAGUGGAAUGCUACAGUGUUCAGAGGAACCAGUGGGCACUGGUGGCUCCUGUACCUCAUUCUUUCUAUUCCUUUGAGCUAAUAGUGGUGCAGAACUAUCUUUUUGCUGUCAACAGUAAACGCAUGCUCUGCUAUGAUCCUAGCCACAAUAUGUGGCUGAACUGUGCUUCUCUUAAACGCAGUGACUUUCAGGAAGCAUGUGUCUUCAAUGAUGAGAUCUAUUGUAUUUGUGACAUUCCGGUCAUGAAGGUCUACAACCCAGCUAGAGGAGAAUGGAGGCAGAUUAGUAAUAUUCCCUUGGACUCAGAGACCCACAACUACCAGAUCGUCAAUCACGACCAAAAGUUGCUGCUUAUCACUUCUACCACCCCGCAAUGGAAAAAGAACCGCGUGACCGUGUAUGAAUAUGAUACUAGAGAAGACCAGUGGAUUAACGUAGGUACCAUGUUAGGUCUUUUGCAGUUUGAUUCUGGCUUUAUUUGCCUCUGUGCUCGUGUUUAUCCUUCCUGCCUUGAGCCUGGUCAGAGUUUUAUCACUGAGGAAGAUGAUGCACGGAGUGAGUCUAGUACUGAAUGGGACUUAGAUGGAUAUAGUGAGCUAGACUCUGAGUCAGGAAGUUCAAGUUCUUUUUCUGAUGAUGAAGUCUGGGUGCAAGUAGCGCCUCAGCGAAAUGCACAGGACCAGCAGGGUUCUUUGUAAAUAUUUUGAAACGCUAAAAUGUUCCUACUGCUCCGGAAUGUAUCUUUAAAAAUUCUUUCUUUUCCCUGAAAAAAAAAAAUUGAUUAGGGUGGCAGAUUUGGUUUAGAAAGGGUAAUAUUUUAAAAUACUAAUGUAAUGCUACAAAAUUUAAACAGUCCACAAAAUCAACCUAUUUAGUAAGGAACUGUGCUGAAAGCCCAGAAUUACAAUAUGCGAAAAUAAACUAUCUAUUUGUUAGGAUGCUUGGUGAUUUUUCCAUUGUUCAGAUAUUCAUUGCACCAAUGAAUUGUUUUGAUUAGUUAGGAUGCUUAUAUUUUGAUUAUCCUAAUUUAGUCUUUUGUUAAUUUUAAAAUUCUGUUUAUUUCCACAAUGAAUUUAACUUUUUAAUUUCUAAUAGAAAACUAGACUAGGAAAUGUUGGUAGACUUUUGAAAGUGUAUAUUUUCAUUCAGUAUAAUGAAAGUAGAUUUCCAAAAUUUUAAACUAGUAGUUUUUAGUACUGUAAGUUAAAUAUUGUUUGUUAUAAUUUAGUUUGGUUUUCUUCCCUUCUUCAAAAAAACUGGAUAUGUGUAUUAAGGUUACUGAGUAGUGAUUUUAUUUUGAUAACGUGCAUAAUGGCUUGCAAGUUCACGGAAAGUAAAGAAACAAAAAUCAGGAGUCUACUGUUUUAAAAUAAAUUUCAGUUUUUGGAAUAUAAAAUGUGUAUUUGCUAAAUGUAAUCAAUUUUUUAUCUAAAAAAAUCCAUUCUAGUAGUGUCACCAAUUUAAACACCCUUCUAAACCAAAUUUAUAAAGGUAACUUGCUUUGUAAGUUCCUGUUUUUGAUGUUAAACCUGGUACAUGCUUCAUUGAAUCAGAGGAACAAUACUUUUUUCACUGGAUAUAUAAUUGGGUAAUGUAAAUUUUUAUCCAUUAGUCAUGACUUUUCUUAAGUUUAUUUGCUUCCCUAAAAUAUUUUGGCUGUAUAGUUUUGGUGUUCGUCUUAGAAGAUUCUUCAGCAGGAAGUGAUUUAUUCUUUACUGUUUUUGUGAGGUAAUACUGGUUUUGAAAAUAUGUAUAAGCUAAAAACAGUAUUUUAUUGAGAUCAGUAGUUAUUGUGUUAUUAACUAUAAAAUCAAGUGCCAGCAAAGAACUUUAAAACUUUAAGCUGUAUAGAACUGUUUUGUGUAGCAUUGAAAUAUUCUGUCAGUUUUGUAAGUCACUGUAAAUGUUCUUGAUUAUCAGCUUGAAGGUAUUUUUGUAUUAAAAGCUGACAAUUAAAGAACAUAAUUGGGUGAUGGCAUUUGGGGCCAAUAGUGAAAGUAUGUUUUCUCUGAAAUAUUUCCCCAAGCAGUGGUAUACAGAGUUAUUUUAUAAUGGUAUUUGUAUAUGUUCUGUGUUUCUCUGUGAACCAUACUCCAGUCUUUAUUUCUGUCAUAUGUAAGGAAAAUUUCAGAAAUAGAGGCUAAAUCAUACAAAAUUGACAUUGUUAAAUACAAGAAAAUACAGGUGCUUUCCUUUUGAAGGUUUAUUAAUACCUAUAGUUGUCACAAUACAUAUGCACAAUAAAUGGUGUACAUAUACAUAUGAA